CCGAACCGUCAUGCCGCCCCGUCCGCGACCUAAGCCCCGCCCCAAGCCUGCACCUGCGGCCUCGUCGUCCACUAGCACACCGCAAGAUGAGGACGAGUUCUUCAUCAAGCACCGCUCGGACAAGAUGUGGACGCAGCUGAACAAGUUGAGCGAGAAAGAGGAAAAGGAGAAUCAAUCUCGCGACAGCAGUGACGAGGAAGACGAGGAGGCCUCCCCUCGCAAGCGCAAGAAGCGUACAAAGGCUCCCGACGGCGACUACACACGCCCGAAGUGGGAGCGCGACAAGUCUGCGCUGAGAAUAUUGUCAGAAGGUCUUAGCGAUGAUGAUAGCAGCGACUCGGGUAUCGAGAUCGUUGGGGAAAGCGGUCCGAGCAAUACGCAGGGCAAGCGCAAGCGGCAGGAGUCGAGGGCGCGUAGUCGAUCCAAAUCACUCACUCCCCCACCGAUGCUAUCGCGCGAACGCUUAGAGGCAGCGCGAAAAAUCAUCAGACAAACAUUUGACGCUACGCGCCGCCCGACCUCGCCUUCGCAGGACGACGAUGACGACGACUUUGACGCCGACCUCACCACCGACACCAUCGUCCUCGACCCUGAGCUGGCAAAGGCCGCUAAAGCCGCCAAAGCUCGAGCUGCGUCACGCGCAUCGUCAGCCACACCCUUUGAUGGUUCGGACGAUAAGGUCACCAUCUCGGUGACCUGGCAACCACAUCCGAAGGACCCGCAGGGCAGGUCAGAGGCGUUCAACUUCGAGGUCGAGAGGCACAAGUCUCUGCGCGAGGUGUUCGAAAGCGUCGCGGAUGAGAUGGGUAUCCUCUCCAGCAAGCUCUACAUGACACACCAAGGCGUCCGCAUCUUUGGAUCCGUGACAGCGAAUUACCUGCAGGUGGGGAAGGCGGCGUCAUUAGUUGCCUGCGAGAAAGCUACCUACGAAUACCUUCGUGAGCAAGAAGAGAUUCAACGCCGCAGCUCCGUACACCCACCAUCCGAUAACGAGGGCGACGAUUCAGACGACGACAUUGUCGUCCUCCAUGACGGCUCCGAUGACGACGCUCCUGGUCCGCGUGCCUCCUCACCCACCUACACCUCUGGCUCUACGACUCGCCCAUCCUCUAAUUCUGCUCCUCACACCAAAGCUGCCACACCCGCCCCUCAAGCACCCGACAAUGACGAGGGCGACGAUAAGUUCAAGAUCAUCGUUCGUUCUUCGUCGUUCCCCGACGUCCCGCUAACGGUGCGCCCCACUACGACGUGCGGUGCCAUCGUCCGCGCCUUCCUCAAGAAGGUGGGCGUGGCGGAGCAGUACCCGAACGCUGGUAUCGCGCAGCCAGAGCCGCCAAAGAAGGGCAGAGGGAAGAAUGCCGCUGCCGUCAAGGACCCGCAUCUUGAGAUAGACGGGGACAAGAUGGCUCAUACGGCGCCCAUUGACGAGGCGGGGCUGGAUGAUGGGGAUGUGGUGGAUGUGCAUGGGUUAUAGGCGGUGAGCCUUGGCUACAGCUCUGCAUCUGCCACUGGCUCUCGAUGUCCUAACUUAUUAUUCGCUUUGUGCCCACUGCAGCUUCCGUCUGCUAAGGGCUUUUCAUGUACGCCAUUCCUUUUCUUCGUGCAUUGAUACCUUAUUACAGCCUUGGUAUACUACAACAAUUGAUUACUUCGGGCAUC